AUGGAGAAACACUUUUUUGAGAAAACCGGCCCUGGACAAUGGGGUAGUGGAGGAAAAGAGCAGCACAAACGAGGGCCAAGCAGCUCCAAAGAAGACAAGGAAAAAGACGGAGAAAAUCCCAAGGAGAAACUUCCAUUCCGAGAAAAGAAAAAAAAGAAAUUGUUGCUGUUGCUGUUGCUGUUGCAGCAGGCCAGCCCCCAGAACCGCGCUCCAUCGUCCCCCUGCAGCAGCAGCAGCAGCAGCGGCGGCAGCGGCAGCAAACGCGGGCGCUGCAGCGAAGCUGCAGCGGGAGAAGCAGCCACUGCAGCAGCAGCAGCAGCAGCAGCAGCAGGCUGCAACGGCGGGCAGCACCAGCAGCAAGGGGCAGCAGCAGCAAGGGGACAGGGGGUGGAAGGGGAGCUGCAGCAGCUACUUGAAGUCCAAAUACCUUUGGCGGCGCUGCUGCAGCAGCAGCAGCAGGAGUCACCCAGCAGCAAAAAAGGCCGAGACAACAGCAGCAGCAGCAGCAGCAGCAGGGGAAGUCCCCGGACCCGCAGCAGCAGCAAAAAGUAA